AUGUCAGUGAACAAGAUAGACGCACUCCAAGAGGUUCCACAGUUCCUCCUAACUCCCACCGCUCUUCACCCUAUCCAUUCAUCCCACAUGUCUGAUAACCCCUCCUUCGUACUCCGCGGCGUCGAGGACGUCGUCUACGAGCAGCGUCCCAUCCCCGAAGUCAGCGGAGACGAGGUGCUUGUCGCAGUGAAGAAGACAGGAAUCUGUGGUUCAGAUGUCCAUUACCUUUUUGAAGGUCGUAUCGGCGAUUUCGUGGUUGAGAACCCUAUGGUGUUAGGGCACGAGUCCUCAGGAAUCGUAGCCAAAGUUGGCCCCAAGGUCAAAAAUGUCAAGGUUGGCGACAGAGUAGCGAUGGAACCCGGUGCUACCUGCCGCGUUUGUGACUCCUGCAAGUCAGGACGUUAUGAGCUCUGCCCCGACAUCGUCUUUGCUGCAACUCCUCCGUACGACGGAACUCUCGGUCGCUAUUACCGCCUCCCGGCAGAUCUUGCGUACCCCCUUCCAGAGAACGUAUCUCUCGAAGAUGGAGCCAUGAUGGAGCCCCUUGCCGUCGGCGUCCACUCCGUGUCCAACCUGGGCGGUCUCAAAGCUGCCCAAUCCAUCGCCAUCUUUGGCUGUGGCCCCGUUGGUCUCCUCUGCAUGGCCGUCGCCAAAGCCCUCGGCGCCUCCCGCAUCAUAGCAGUCGAUAUCGUCCCCGCUCGGCUCGAGUUCGCCAAAAAGUACGCCGCAACAGAGACCUACCUCCCUCUCAAGCCGGAGGAAGGCGAAAGCAGGCCAGACUACAGCAGGCGAAACGCUGCGAACAUGAAGAGCGUUCUAGGCAUCGAGGACCGAGGAAAGAAGUCGAUUGACCUUGUGAUCGAUGCUAGUGGCGCGGAGGUUUCGAUUCAGACUGCUUUCUAUGUUGUCAAGUCCGGAGGGACGUUCGUCCAGGUUGGAAUGGGCAACCCGAAUGUGACUUUGAAUUUGGGUCUUUUGAUGACCAAGGAGUUAAACUACAAGGGAUCGUUCCGCUACGGCCCUGGUGACUACCCACUCGCCAUCUCUCUCGUAGCCAACGGAAAGAUCGACCUCAAGCCUCUGGUCACCCACCGAUUCAAAUUCAACGACGCCAUUACUGCCUUCAACGCGACUCGCAAAGGCAAGAGCGAGGACGGCAAAGGCGUCAUCAAGGUUAUCAUCAAUGGACCUGACGCCGACGACGAGUGA